AUGUCUUCGUCUCGCAUCAGUCUUUACCUCCGUCUCGUUCGUGAUAUCGCCAUUAUAAAGGAAUUGUGGCCAUGUCCCUCUUUCGAUUCCGUUUUCGGUCCCAUCUUUGUGAAUUUGUAUUCAGACUUCUCGAAACCGAAGUGGACACAGGGGGCCUGUCAAGGCGUCGCUGAUGAUGAUGAGGAUGUGCUUCAAAGAUCGAAGAGAGGGAGAGGGAGAGUUUUGGUUUUUUGUGAUUUUUCUGAGUUGUUGAAGAAUGGUGAAGAUGAGGUAGAGAAAGUUGAGAGGAUUUGA